GUAACGUAUAAAGGGAGAGAGAGAGAAAGAGAGAGGGAGGGAGAACAUAAAAGAGAACGAAGUGGUGUUGUUCGAUCGAAGAGAAAUACACGUUCGCUGGCAGAAUUUCAUUUUCGGGCCGAAGAUCAGAGACGUCUCGACUGGAUGGAAAGGGCCCCGGGACUCGAGGCAAUGUCCUCGAUGAACCUGCAUGGCAUUCAGGGUGGAACUGACCAGCGUGCCAGGUGGCCAGAAUGCGAUGGCUCAUCUCAAAAAACGGAAGCUGGAAGCAGAAUCUGUCAGCCCAAAUCCUAAGCAACCGCAACAGCAGUCACAACAACAACAACAACAACAACAACAACAGCAACAACAGCUGCACUAUCAGCAACAGCAACCGUUGAUGAAUAAGAAGGCUGCUCAACCGAUCAUUCCCCAAGAAAUGGAGACAGCUGAUGCUGCGGCUAAACGAAGAAGAAAAAGCGUUCGCGAUGACGAAACCCGUAAAUCGUUGGACGCCAACGACUCGAGUAAGAACAUACCGUUACCGCAAAAGAAGCGAGCGUUCGCUGCCGGUAACUCGGGUAGCCCGGCGAGGAAAUCGAGCAAACACUCGGAGGAACCCGAGGAUGACGAGACUCUUAUCAGAGAAACCGAAGCUGCUUUGAAGAGUCUGUCCGGUAGUUGGCCUGGUCCAAGAGAUUCCUUGUAUCAGCGAGGCAAUUCGGACGAGGACAAAUACGAGUCGAACUUCGAGAACUUGUUCGAGGAGAAGAAAGACAAUCCUAAAUUGUCGCCUUCUUCGAUGUCCACUUCAUCGACCACCAGCAACGAUGCAGGUUGCUCCUUGAAAGACGUGAUAUCGUUCCGUGGCCAGCAGGAUCGAAACAGCAGAGCCCAGCAACUAUUGAAGCAACAAGACAUCAAGCAACAGCAACAUCCGAGCAAAGUGAAAAAGGAUUUGGACAGUUUGUUAAAAACGGAAAACGAGUGCGGCAUUAGCCAAGUGAACAACCAAGUGAACCCGAACGAACCGGGUAAAAUCAGACCAGUGCCGGUGAGGUCCUUAUCGAACAAAGACAGAAACGACAGGAGCAUGAUCGGCACGCACAUGGACGCUCAAGGUCGACAGACGGACAAAUACUCCAGAUACGAUCCACCCGACUUCAACGAGCUCGUUGACGAUUCGUCCAACGAACUGGAGAUUGACAUGUCGGACCCAGCUGCCGAGAAAGACGAGGCUGACAGGGACAAGCUCAACGACAGGGACAGGGAUCGAACGUGCCGGAACGGCCAGUCGUCGCAAAAUUCCAGACAGCAACAGCAACACCAACACCAAUUGUAUUCCAACUACCACAGACAGUACAACGAGAACGGUAUGAAGGUUUCGCCGACCGCCACCAGCAGCUCAUCUUCCUCUACCUCGUCGAAUUCACCGUUCUCUGCCACGUCGGCGUUCAGGCCACCCAACACGGAUCACGCGAAAGCGACUGGCAGCGGUGCACCGGCAGUAGCCGUGGCAUCGACGACGAUUCCACCUAUCGGUCCUUAUCCAGCGUCCGCUACGUUCGUCGGUUACCCCACUGCCGGUCCAGGACCAACGAUGCCGACACCGCAACCUGUUACAGGAAUCUCCACUGCCACGGAGGACAAACACACGUCAUCCGUGUCGUUGCUACAGUUGAAAUCGUCGAAGGAGGAGGUACAUCACGUGACGAGGCACGAGGUGACGACAAACCCCAUGACAGGCAACAAGAGUCCAACUGGUGGGCUACCUGCCGUUACCAGUCCAGAUUCCUCGAAGCAGUACACGAUUCUGCAGCCAGCUGGUAUCGGAUCGAGGGCGGCCAGUGCGAUUCAGGACAUAGCCAGAGAGGGAGUGGUCAGUGUGACGGCUGUUAGCAGUUGUAGCACGACCAACGGCAGCACCAACAACGGCAUCAACAGCAACAGCAACGGUACUUGUACGAACAACGUGGGUAACAAAGUUACAAGCAACAACGGUAGUGGUAACGCGAGUAACACUGCCAAUCCGGUCAGCAACAACGGCAACAACGGGAACAAUGUGACGAACAGUAUCGCGAUCACCGUAGUUUCCACCAGUACGACCACGUCCAGUCCGACGACUGGCGCCGAUGCGACAUCGGGAACUGCGACUGGUCAGCAAGAGUCUGUUAUGAAAAUGCCAGAAAGGACAAUUUCCUUUGAUGGCAGCAGACCGGGAAUGUCCAUGUCUCCGUCCAGUCUUAGCAGAGAGGGCAACAAGUGCCCGACCCCAGGCUGCACGGGGCAGGGUCACGUGACCGGACUCUACUCUCACCACCGCAGCCUAUCCGGUUGUCCACGAAAGGAUAAACUAACGCCAGAGAUUCUGGCGAUGCAUGAGACUAUUUUGAAAUGCCCGACACCUGGUUGCAACGGCCGUGGCCAUGUCAGCUCGAAUCGGAACACGCACAGGAGCCUGUCCGGAUGUCCCAUUGCCGCGGCCAAUAAGCAGGCUGCACGCGAGGCACGACACAAGGCUCAAGUGUCCGGAAUACCUCCAGAAUACAUCAGCACGAACCUGUUGCCACCGUCGAUGGAUAGCAAGAGCUAUUCCCAGUACGGGUCCACGGCGCAGGACACAAAACCGGUGUUAAGCAGCCUGACCUACGACUACUACUCUACAACGAAGAGCACGGGGAUCAACGUAAAACCUCCGAAAACACCAGAGGAGAAUCCCUCGUCCCGUACGACCAAGGUGGUCCCAAAAACUGAGAAUAUGACGCCAAGCGGCAGUUGCUGCAACACUCUGUCAACCAGAGGACAAAACACCACCGACUUACUGGUACCGAAAACGGAGGAGACUGCUUCCUGCCGAGUUAACUCACCGCCACCGCCUCCGCCGCCCACAGUGCGACCAACCUACGACUCCUACAUGAAUCAAGACUCGAACUCUUCGUCCAUGUCGUCGAUGGACGCGAUGGGAUCCAGGGGAUCCAUUGGCGCGACGAUACAUCAUCCGAGCCAGCAUCCGACGCACCACGUGCUGCCUAUGCAGCCCACGGUCGCUUAUCCGAUGCCAAUGGUCGAGGACACCAGGAUGAGUCAUCAGAUGUCGCAGAGAUCUCCGUACGAGCCGUCGGCCAUGAUGGCCGCAGCGGCGGCAGCUGCUGCUGCGGCCACCACCAGCGAGGAACUUUAUCAUCACAGAUCGGCGGAGCACGCGAGAGCAUACAUGCACCCUGGAGCGAGUAACAUAGCCAGACCAGUUGUCACUUACUCGAACGAGAUCGCAAACGCGAGGGGAUAUGAGAACGCGGUAGCCAGUGCGGCGAAUCAUCGACCGUACGAUCCUGGCACCACGUCAGCUUACGAAAGAUACGACACGCAGAGUUGCGCGCCGAUUCAAUCUCAGCAGCAGCAGCAGCAACAACAACAACAGCAGCAGCAGCAGCAGCAGCAACAGCAGCAGCAGCAGUUGCAUUCAAGGACGAAUAUGUAUUACCUGGGGCAGACUGGGAUGACGCCGGAGGAACAGGAACGGGUGUACCAUCAGGAGGCUGCGGCUGCUGCGCAGCAACAUCAGAUGGCGAUGGCCGCUGCUACGGCUGCUGGAAUGAUGAAGACUGAGGAUGUAAAAUGCGUCACAGUAGCGCAAGUUCAGCAAAUGCAGAAGCCUGGUGGCCCUCCAACCUCUCCAGGUGGCUCAGUGAUGGACUUGUCAACCUCUAGCGUCACGUCAACGAGCCCACAGGCACCGCCUUACGGUUCCAACAGUCUUAGCCCUCAGUAUGGCGGUGGUCAAACAGUAGGUGGCAGUCCUCAGGCUGCAGCAAGCCCGCACUUGACUGCAAGUCCUCAGGUUCCAAGUCCUCAAGGACAGACCCUCGAUCUCAGCGUCAACAGGCUCCAUAGCGGCGCGCCAAGUCCCCAAUAUCCGACCGGCCACGGAGAAGCUGUGGCGGUUCCCGUUGGACCUGGUUUCCCAGCGCCCAGACCAAUCGAGGAACAAACCGAGCCUGUGGACUUUUCGACGGCAAACGAGCCGGUCAAUUUCAGCGGGGGUCCUGGAAUCAGGCCUGUACCAGGCUUCCCGCCACCCGGUGUGCACGUCGCGGCGUACAGUCGUGAAAGCACCCCCGACAGCGGGGGUUCCCACUACAUGGACGCUUACCGCGAUCCCACUGGCUACGGACCAAUGAGCCCGCACCCAGGAUACGGAAUGACAGGCGUUCAACCGGAAUAUCCUGGGAACACGUACACUCCUUACCCCACUGCAGGCUAUAAUUGCGGUGGAACUUAUCCCGGAGGUCCUGUGACUUCCGGUUACCAAAUCCCAGCUGGCUACACGCCGACACCCUGCUACAGUAUGCCACCUCCGCAGCACACAGUCGGACCUCUCGAUAAACCAACGGGUAAAGACGAUAGCUUGUCCGGUUGUCCGCGUGCCGAUCGUUCGCAGAUCCAAGCGCAUUCUCAAGAGCUCAAGUGUCCAACACCAGGAUGCGAUGGUUCCGGACACGUGACCGGCAACUACUCGUCCCACAGAAGUUUGUCCGGUUGUCCACGGGCUAACAAACCGAAGAGCAAGCCUCGAGACGGUCAGGACUCGGAACCGCUAAGAUGUCCAAUCCCCGGUUGCGACGGCUCUGGCCAUGCCACUGGCAAAUUCUUGUCGCAUCGCAGCGCAUCGGGCUGCCCCAUUGCAAACAGGAACAAAAUGCGUGUACUAGAAUCAGGGGGCACGGUGGAGCAACAUAAAGCAGCGGUGGCCGCGGCGACGGCGAUGAAAUUCGAAGGUGUGAACUGCCCGACGCCGGGCUGCGACGGGAUCGGCCACAUAAAUGGCUCGUUCUCCACUCACAGAUCUCUGUCAGGUUGUCCGAUAGCUGGCCACGCGGUGAAGAAGCCCAAGUUCGAGGACAUGUCGACCAUGUACAGCAAAGGAAUCACCGGAGUGGACACCAGUGGUCCGGCUCACGGGGGUGCGGUGGGUACGGGUCAGGGUAACACGAGUUGUAGCGGUACCGCCAGUGGCCAGACCGAGGAUCUCUACAAACUGGAGGCCGAAAUCACGGAGCUCCAGAGAGAGAACGCUCGGGUCGAAUCGCAGAUGCUGCGCUUGCGCUCCGAUAUCACCGCCAUGGAGAACCAGCUGAAGCAAGGUGAAAAGGAAACAACGGCGAUUACCCAGCGAAACAACAACCUGACCGAGUACUAUCAGUCGCUGCGCGAUAACAUGAUCACGCUGUUGGAGCACGUGCGAAUACCAAACGCCCCGGGCGGACCGCAGGAGAAGAUGGGCCACGAGAACUUCGACAGUUACCUGACGAAGCUGCAGACACUAUGCACCGCCGAUGGUUAUUGCGCGGACGAGGCGAACCGGCCGAUAUACGAGACGGUGAAGACCGCGCUGCAGGAUUUCACGGUCCUACCGACACCCAUCUGAGACCAUCCUUAAAGCUCGACGAUCGGGUACAACGUGACACGGACGCGUUUCGCGCGGUGACUUCGUUCUUGUUGUGACGACAAAAAAAAAAAAAAGAAAAAAAAAAAAGAAAAAGGGAAACUACACGAUGAUAACAGAGACACGGAGGUUCGCGUGGUUUACCACGCUGGACGGACGAUUCUGUGCGACGAAGAACGCGAACGAGGAAUCUCGUGUGUCGGUAAAACGAGUAGCAGAGGGGAGGACUUUCUCUGAUACACGGGAGAUAUUGUGUCAUAACUCUUCGUGCUGAGAAUGGAGAGAACUGAGAGAGGACCUUUUACGAAUUACCGACUGAUCUGCUCGUGUAACAAAGGGAAAAAACGGUGCUUUCGAUGACGGUGAAUGUUGGACACAAGCCGACGACGACUGUAUAGACUGUUAGUAAAUGUUGUAAAAUACGGUACCUAAGGUAUCAUCUGAUAAUCAUUCAGUGUGAUGUUCUCGCGGAACCGUGCGGAUUGACGUUGCUCAUAGUGGUAUCUUUUGUAUAUAACGAACUCGUAGAACGUAAGCGUUUGUGGGCGGUAGCGAGGACCGCGAGGGCUCGCAGUCAUCGUGAUUGUAAAUAGAUGGCAGAGAAAUAUAUAUAUACAAAUUAUAUAUAUAUAUAUAUUAUUUGGCCGAAAUGUUAAUGUGGUUAUUACUCUUAAGUUGUGUAAAGAUAAAAAUGUGAGACGAUGAAGGACAGGCGCGAAAGAAAAGACACGGAUGAUUUAGCUUAAAUGUAUAUCGAAGAAAACGUAUCGCUCUUACCAGUGCAUGACUGUUAACUAUCCGUUAAGCCAAUUAAACGUUUAAAAGAAACAAAAAGUAAAACGAGAAAGUAAAAAAAAAAAAAAAAUAAAAAAUGUAACGAGAAACAAUGUGGAACCGCGCUAACGAUGCUGCUUCUGCUAAAAUGGAAAAAUGAAAAAAAAAAAAAGUGAAAAACCGACGGCUAACUUAUAAAUUUACCACUGCGUAAACUUACUACCGCUAGAUAUUAUUAUUACUAUCGUCACUGUUACAACCACCGAGAUCGUUUCUAGGACUAACCAAUCAUUAUUAUUAUUAUUAUUAUUGCUACCACUACUCUUACUACUGUCUGACGUAGAAUAACUAGCGACGAGUAUACCGACGCAUUUAUAUUAUCAACGAGUCUACGAAACGGCGAAACACUUUUGUCCAUAGUGUGUACAUAGUCUACAGAGAGAGAGAGAGAGAGAGAGAGAGAGAG